GGCAGUAGAGUAAUGCAUACAUUAUUAUUCUUUUAUUAUUAUUCUUUCUUUCCUUCUUUCUUUCAUUCAUUUGUGGGUUUGUAUGUGUUCAUUGUUUGUUUGUGUUUGCCAUGUAGAGGGCUGUAGAGGAUCUAUUACUUAACCUUUAGUACUGAUUGGAGAGAGAAUGGAGUAUCUGUGGAAUGAAAACAGGCCUGAUAGGGAAAUGUAACAUUUUGAUCACAAUAUAAUCACGUGUAAGGGAAAUGUAACAUUUUUAUCGCAAUAUAAUCAUGUUCAUUUCCUUGUGUACCAUUGCUCUGAGCAUUAACGUGUGGCAAUACUGUAAGAGAUUUGUGUCUCGUUCCCCGUUGUCAGAGUGAGAUUGCAGAAUUCCCACGACAGGCCUCACCCUCCUACAAUUAUCAUUCUAUUAUUAUUAUUCUUUCUUUGUUUCUUUGUUUCUUGUUAGUUUUGUACCUGUUUGGUCAUGCUUCCAUUGAGAGCAGCAGUGGAGGAACAUGUCCCUCCCACAGGGCUGAAGACACUGGGGAUGUCCACAUCUAACUGCUCCUUGUCCCGCCAUAUGGCCUGGGUGUGAGUGUCCACCAGGACCGGCUGAUCCUGAUUAUCUUUGUUGGAGGAUUAGAGCUAUGUCCCACAGGAGGAGGAGGACGUCUCAUUCCGCCUCUGUUCCGAAUGUAAACCUCCAAUAACCCGGAACCUUUCAGAUGGAGCAUAAACCAUUAUAUGGUCAACAAAUUGUAAACAUGGACUUCCUGAUGUUAUCUCCAAUUUCCUGGUGUGCCUUGUUGUAAAUGGUUGGUGACUCACAAUAGCCCUGACAAAGGACACACCUCUGCUGGCUGUGAUGCCUUCCUCCAAGAGCUCCGAUCACUGGACUUUAUCAGAGUUACUCGGGCAGAAGAGGCUGUUAGGCCUCGGAGCUCUCCUGGCAUGGCUCGUCCUCUUCCACCUCCUCGUCAACGUUUGGCUGCUCUGCGUCUUCACCAGUCUCUUAGUGGUCCUCGGGGGUUGGCUCGGGUCUCGCGCUGUGCUGGAUGCAAACAGCCUCCUCCACCUGGAGCAUUUCUUGCCUCUUGGUGCCCUAAACCCACCGCUGUGUUCACCCGAGCACGAGUGGAGGUUGAACCACGAGAUCGACAGUGCCGUCCACAAAGCGGUGCGUGACUUUGUGUCCUCGUGGUAUCGUACUCUGCUGCCAGAGGUGGAGGGGGAGUUUGAGCGUGCAGUGCGUAAUUCAAUGUUGGAGUCAGUGAUGGAGCUGAAGGAGCGUGCAAGGCGAUUGGACAGGAAGGCGCUGGUCCAACGGCUGCUGGAGCUGUACGGCUGUCACCUGCAGAGCUACAUCACGGCACGGCAGAUACAGUCAACGCACAGGGAGGUGUUCAGCCUGUGGCAGCUUUACAGUGAAGUAGAUGCUCCUCACCCAGCUGUGAGCAGUGCAGCCGUUGAGCUCAGGUACUCCAGAGCUCUGGUUAACCUCGUCUUACAUGUGCUUGUUCCGUACCCUCAGAUGGAGACCAGGACCGGAGGUUACAUGGUUACAGAACUCAUCACCUACAAUGUUCUGUUGCCGCUCAUUAGCAGAGUGUCGGAUCCGGACUUGCUGAAUCAAACCAUUGUAGAUAUAAUCACCAGGUCAAGAGAACCACACGAUGCCCUCCCGACAGCUGCACUGUACAAAUGUCUAAUCCAGCAGGACUCCUGGACCACCUGCAGGUCACUGUCUUCUUCUGAACAAGCAGGUCUCUCCAGCAUAAGCUUGUCAGAGCUUGAAGAUCAACAGAGCCUCAGUCUGAUCAAUGAUCAGGACUCCUCACAGAGCAGCCUGGUCAGCCAGACAUCUAUGGACAAAUUAGAAAGUUGUCACGCAGGUUUACUCACACCAUGCAAAGUGAGCUGCUGUACCCUCCCGUCUGCUCAUUACUCCCAGUUGUCAGAGUCCAAAAUGAUUUCACUGGAGUCUCUGAUUCAGUCUGACUCAGGAGAGGACCUGACAGGAGGCUUUUUUGACUGUGGUCCUCCAACAAACUUCUGCAGCUUGAGCCCCUUGAGGGACGACGAGGCCUUUGGCUGCUUUGGACCUCUGAAAAAUCUUGGGCAGAAGGUGGUUGUGCCUGAGGACUCCCAGUGGCCGGCGGGUAUAGCCCAAGAGAAAUCCCCAUCUUGUUCUCCAAAAAGACAUAACUCCUUCAACUUUGAUUCGCACAACAACCAAGCUGCACCUGUACAAGUCCAGAAUGUACACAUUUCUGGUACAGUCGCAGCAAAGGAGCUGCGUGGCACAAUCGCACAUCCCUAUACUCUCUACACUGUGAAGUUUGAGACAUUGGCUGAAGCAGAAUGCGGUGCGUCUCUGCAGUCUGCGGCCUCUCACACUGUCAACCGCAGAUACAGCGAGUUCCUCAACUUGCAGACACGUUUGGAGGAGAAGCCCGAAAUCAAGAAAUUAAUCAAGAAUGUCAAAGGCCCAAAGAAAAUGUUCCCUGACCUUUCGUUUGGAAAUGCAGACAGCGAGAGGGUCGAGGCCCGUAAAAGCCAACUGGAUACGUUCCUCAGACAACUGAACAACAUUCCUGAGACGGCCAACAGUGAGGACAUGCAGGAGUUCCUGGCUGUCAACACAGAUGUUUGCACAUAUUUUGGGAGGAAACCUUUUGCCAAGUCCAGAAUUGACAAGAUGAUGGAAAAUGCUCUAGACACGUUGAAGACAGCUUUUCCUUAUCCUGAGUCCCUCAGUCCAACAGAGGAGUUUGAGGGAGACUCUGAUGUAAGAACACUGGACAACAGAAAGUCCAGUUGCAGGAGAUCUAUGUUCCAGAGCAAAAUUUCCCCAUCUCUCAACAUCCCUGACCUACACCCGAAAGUGACAUACUACUUUAGUGAAGGCAGCCCUGUCCUGAAUGGUAUGACGCUGUCGGGCCUGGAGAACUUUGUCACAGAGCAGGAAAGACUGUUAUGUGGGCAGCAUGAGAAAGAGGCAGCCAGACAGAGCAGUGGGCAGCCUGACAAAGACAGGAGGACUUCAGGGAAAAGUCACGGGACAGACACAGCUGUCGCAGAUGUUGUUUUGAACAUCCUGUGUCUGCUGAUGAAGGACCAGUGGAGUUGGCUGUGCACUGAGAACAUUCAGAAGACCAUCAGACUGCUCUUUGGCACCUUCAUUGAGAGAUGGUUGGAUGUAGGAGUUGCCCACCUUACCAGCGCCCCCUGCUGGGUAAUUUACCUGCAAGUGUUGCAGGAAGCUGUGUGGCCAGGGGGCACAUUACCUGCUCAGCCCCGGCCUGAGCGCAGCGCUGCAGAAAGAGAAGAGACUAAGGAGCAAUGUCUGGCCUGUCUCGUGCAGCUGAUCCCAGAGCUCAUCACUGACAUGCUGGGCAAUGAGAAGUUCACACUGAGUCUGGAGACCAUGCUGGAAUCUUUACAGGACCAUCAGAUAAACAAGCAUCUGAUCUACUGCGUCUGUGACCUUCUGCUGGAGUUCCUGGUCCCUGAGUCGUGUGACGAGGCCUUCCAGAGGUCUCUGCUGCAGAGCUUGACCAAAGACACGGAGAAGGACAGUCCUCACUGAUGGACACGAUCACACCCUAAUGCUUCACAGGUGGAGACGACGGAUGGAAGACGUAUUUAUGUGGGCUGGAGUUGUGAUAAAGGGACACAUCAGAAGGAAAACAACCACUAUGAUACCAUCAUCUGCACUUUACUAUUGCAAAUAUUGUUGUUUUCUUUAUGUGCUCUGUUCAACUCAACAUUUGUGUGGCUAUUAACACACAAUAGUUCAUCUCUGACUUUUAAAGCUCCAAAGAUAAAUUAUUGGAUGUUAUUGGAUGAAUUUUAUACAUUUUCAUCAGAUUUUGAUUAUUAACAAUAUCUGGAUUCUGAAUAGACACAGAAUAAGAUCAUCAGUAAACUAGUCUGAUUCAAAUUACAAAACGUUGCUGUUGGGGCAACAUUUUAUUCUAAUUGUGUGUGCGAACAUUACUUUUUACAGUAAAACUGUACAUAUUAGCUAUAAAGCGGCUCUGGAUAAUC